AUGCAUUCAUUCGCUAUCCUCCUCGCUUGCCUAGUGACCGGCUCACUUGCAGCUCCUGCUGGCGUCCGCCUCGUCCGACGUGUGGAACUUGCGACCGACACAGUCCUCGAUCUUACCACUCCACCGGUCGCCAUUCGUGAUGCAACCAGGUCUAAGCGCGGCCUGCUCGCGGCUGCCCUACCUGCAGCUAUCGCUCAGGCCAAGGCCUCUCCCGUUGCCGCAGCAAAUGCUUCUGCUGGAGCAAGCGCCUGUGCUGCCGCUCCCGCUGCGGCUGGCCAGGCUGCUGCGGGAGGGGAGGCCGCAGCUGCGGAGGAGGAGGAAGUCCUUCUGGAUGCAGCCUUUGGUGAACAGGUUGCUCUUGAGGGCGGUGACAUCAAGCAAGACGUGCUAUACCCUCCUUCUCCGGCUGGGGCAUUCGAAGUCGAGUUCCAGAAUAGUGCUGGCAGCACUCUCACCGUGGUAGAGAACAAGACGCCAGCUGCUCCUCCAGCUGGGUUUGUUGCGGUUGAGCCCUCGUCCUUCAAUGUGCAGCUGGCGGGUGGUGCUGCCGGUGGCAUCACCCUUCAAAAGAUUGAUUAUUUCUUUGACGUGACCAACCCUGCUAUUGCAGCUCUAGACCUUGCCACGACCCAGGUCGGCAAGCUCUCUGCCGACGGAUGCUCUUUCGCCAUCGAGCAGGGUGAACUCGAAUUUGAAGCCGACGAGAACGAGCUCACUCUCACUGUCGACGACCUUAACGGCGAAUGGGGUAUCUUUAUUCCUGCUGCAGGCCAAGCUGGUGCGGCCGCAGCGGGCGGAGCAGAGGCCAACAUCGCUGCAGAGGCUUCAGCAGCUGGAGUCGAAGAAGAGCUGGAGGUCGAGGGAACUUUUGACACUCCUAUCGCUGUGGACGGAGGCAACGCUAAGACCGACAUCGUUUUUCCAGGCAACGUUGCAGGCGAGUUCGAAGCCGAAUACAAUGGCACUGCCGCAAACGCCAUCACUGUGACACAAAAUAGCUCCCCUGUCCCUCCACCAGCAGGCUUUCUGUUCGUGGACCCGACGACAUUUGUAGUCUCAACUCAAGAUGCAACCGAUCCGGCCACCGACACCGUCAAAAUUGAUUACUUCUACAGCGAGGCCGUCAAGGCCAGAAUCGACGUUGCACAAGGUGUCAUCGGCAAGCUGGAUGCUGCAAGCGGUACUUUCGUGACUGAAGGCCUCGGCGAGUUUGAGGUUGAGCUUGAGGAGAAUGAGUGGACCCUGACUGUGGAGGAUCUGAACGGAGAAUGGGCGAUGCUAGUGCCGCAAACCGCAGUCCUUGCGUGA